AUGGAGCAAUGGAAGGUGGAGAAGAUAGUUAGCAAGCUCGUACAUGGCGAGGCAAUAUCAUACAAGGUCAGAUGGGAGGGAUAUGAAGCUGAAGAUGACACUUGGGAGGAUCCAACAGCGCUGGAGCAGGCGCAGGAGGCAGUCAGAGCAUACGAAGAGGCCCUAGGGCACUCUGGGCUGCGCGGCCGUCGACAAGCUGACGGAUCGACUUUCUACGGAGAACCUAGAGGGCGGCUACGACGCUAA